UGUCGGCCGUCCUCCGCUGGUCUGCUGGGGGCUUCUAUUCUGUUUGGUCUGGCAUGAACCGUCCCGCUCGAUCCGCGGAUAUAUAAAGGAGGGCUCGAGCUGUUCACUGCAGUUUCUCUUGACGUGUCUUACGAAACAAUCUACAUCCAUUAUGUCUGGCAGAGGUAAAACCGGCGGAAAGGCCAGAGCGAAGGCAAAGACUCGCUCUUCCCGCGCUGGGCUCCAGUUCCCCGUCGGCCGUGUUCACAGGCUGCUGCGUAAAGGCAACUACGCACAUCGUGUUGGUGCCGGCGCCCCCGUCUACCUGGCGGCUGUGCUGGAGUACCUCACCGCUGAGAUCCUGGAGCUGGCUGGAAACGCCGCCCGCGACAACAAGAAGAGCCGUAUCAUCCCCCGCCACCUGCAGCUGGCCGUCCGCAACGACGAGGAGCUCAACAAACUCCUGGGCGGAGUGACCAUCGCUCAAGGCGGCGUGCUGCCCAACAUCCAGGCUGUUCUUCUGCCCAAGAAGACCGAGAAGGUCCCCAAGUCCAAGUAA